AUUCUAUACCAGAUUCCCGAGCUAUAACCACCUGAUGGCCUUCUGGUCUUUGAUUGAGCCUUCAAUUCAUAAAAUGGUUCGUGUUACAAGAGCGAUAUCAGCUGCCAAGAGGAAUGAAGAAGUGGUUACACACGCACGUCCAUCAACGAGACAGCUGCUUCAGCCAAUUGACGAGUUCUUUCUUUUUCUAUGCUUCCUGUCGGUGGGUUUGAAAGAGAGGGACCUUGCAAACCGCUUCAACGUACACCAGUCCACUGUGAGCCGCAUCAUUGCAACAUGGACAAGUUUUCUUACAACUUUAUUGGGGUCACAGUGCAUCUGGCUUACACCUGCAGAAGUUCAAGCCCACCUCCCAGAGGCAUUCAAAGAUUUCCCAGACACACAGGUGAUCCUGGAUUGCACAGAGCUGAGGUGUCAAACACCAUCCUCACUCCUCCUCCAAAGUGAAAUGUAUUCUACAUACAAAUCUCACUGCACCAUGAAAGCCCUGGUUGGCAUAGCCCCACAUGGCGCAGUGACAUUUGUUUCCAGUCUGUAUGGUGGUUCUGUCAGCGACAAGGAGAUUUUCAAACAAUCUGGAAUAGCUGCGUUGUUGACUGAAAACAUGGCAGUGAUGGUAGAUAAGGGCUUCCUGAUCAGCGAUUGCUGCAAAUGCAAGGUGUACUGCCCACCUUUUCUGUCACAGCAGAAGCAAAUGCCAGCCUAUCAGGUGAGGGAGACACAGGCCAUUGCCAGACUGAGGGUUCAUGUGGAGCGUGUCAUUAGGAGGAUAAAAGAGAACAAGCUUUUUGAUGGUGUCAUCCUCCUGUCCCAUGCCUACAACAUCAACCAACUGUUUGCAGUAGCAUGUAUGCUGUCAAACUAUCAGAACAAAGCACUGGUCAAGAAAUGGGUGAAAUAAGACAAGAUGAUGACACCUGUGCAGGUAGCUGUGAUUAAGCUGGGUGAGCACACCGUAAUCCCGUGUUGCCUAACACACGCUAGUGUUUUGUUUGAAUAAAUGGUAAAUUGCAAA